GGAUUGCUCCGAGUCCGGGUCCGUUUCAGGGUGACACCAUGGUCGUCUAUAUGAAUGGAACGAUAUUAGCUGUUAACGUGUGUUCGUAGGAGUCGACAGAAGAACAUUUCGAUAGCUUUAUUUAAUUCACCGAUUUCCUGUGUCACAUCGCCAUCACUGGGGACGUUUGCGAACUGUUAUUAACACGGAAGCUACGUCUGCUAGCUUCCAACUAGCAGGCAGACGGAGAGGCAUUGACAGCAGCCGUAAAACUGACUAUCGCUGCAUGUGAACAAUAUUAAACACAUUAACAAUGCUUGAGGCGAUGUACGAGCUGCCAGUUGAAAGGCAGAUUUUUUACGCGGUUUUGGGAUUUUCCUGGACUGUCUAUCUAUGGGAGGCAUAUCUCGCUUACAGACAGCGGAAGAUCUAUAGAUCAACCACUCAUGUGCCACAAGAGCUGGGGAAGAUCAUGGAUUCAGAGACUUUUGAGAAGUCACGACUCUAUCAGCUGGAUAAGAGCAACUUCAGUUUCUGGUCUGGACUGUAUUCUGAAACUGAAGGAACACUGAUCCUGCUCCUGGGCGGCAUCCCAUUCCUGUGGGCUGUUGCUGGUUCCGUCAUAUCACGCUUUGGAUUUGGCUCCGAAUAUGAGAUCACUCAGUCUUUGGUGUUUCUGAAUCUGGCUACGCUCUUCAGCGCCUUCACCGGCCUUCCUUGGAGUCUGUACAGCACGUUUGUCAUUGAGGAGAAGCACGGCUUCAAUCAGCAGACCUUGGGGUUCUUCUUCAAAGAUGCUGUCAAGAAGUUCGCCGUAACUCAGUGUAUCUUGCUGCCUGUCACCUCGUUGCUCCUCUACAUCAUCAAGAUCGGUGGAGACUACUUCUUCAUCUAUGCCUGGCUCUUCACCCUGGCUGUCUCUCUGGUUCUCGUCACCAUAUACGCUGAUUAUAUUGCCCCACUCUUCGACAAGUUCACUCCCCUGCCGGAAGGCGAGCUGAAGACUGAGAUUGAGGAAAUGUCCAGGAGCAUCAGCUUCCCCCUCACUAAGGUGUACGUCGUGGAAGGCUCCAAGCGUUCGUCACACAGCAAUGCGUACUUCUACGGAUUCUUCAAGAACAAACGGAUCGUGCUUUUCGACACGCUGCUGGAGGACUACUCCCCUCUCAACAAGACGGGAGAGCAGCCCACCGAGCAGAGAGAGGAAGAGGAAAUCCACAAUGACCUCAAGCCAAAGCCGAAGAACAAGAAGCAAGGCUGCAACAACCAGGAGAUCCUGGCUGUUCUUGGUCAUGAGCUCGGCCACUGGAAACUGGGUCACACUGUCAAGAACAUUGUCAUCAGUCAGAUGAAUUCCUUCCUGUGCUUCUCAUUAUUUGCCGCUCUCAUUGGACGGAGAGAGUUGUUUGUGGCGUUUGGCUUCAAUGACGUCCAACCUACUUUAAUAGGCCUGAUGAUCAUCUUCCAGUUCAUCUUCUCCCCCUACAACGAGCUUCUGUCCUUCUGCUUGACCGUCCUAAGUCGCCGGUUCGAGUUCCAGGCGGACAACUUUGCCCGCAACAUGGGCAAAGCCUCCGAGCUCUACUCCGCUCUCAUCAAGUUAAACAAAGACAACCUAGGCUUCCCGGUGGCCGACUGGCUGUACUCCACGUGGCACUACUCCCAUCCUCCCCUGCUGGAGCGCCUCAGAGCUCUGGGCAACGUCAAGCAGGACUGACGGGGCUGGAAGGAGGAGCGGCGGUCGCUGCCUCCUCCGAAAGGCCUGCGGAGACCUCUGCUGGCCUUGUGAUUCAUCUUUUCUUUAGCUUAUUUUUUAUCUUAUUUUUAGUCUUUACCUUCCAUGCUUCUUUACACCCAUGUUAUAAAGAAAACCAAAAAGUCUCUCAGAAAUGUACCGAUUCAAUCACAACAAGUGGUGGCGCUAUCACGGCGUCACUCACCUGAGCGAUGUGUUUUUUUAAAAUAGGUCAGUUACACUUGUUUGAUUUCUGCUUCUGAUUUCUUCCUCUGUUUCAUAAAUUCCAUGCACAAAACGUAACGUUUCGAAACUGUAAAGUUUGAGCUCUAUAUUUCAGAGGACACACAGGCCAGUGUGUUGCCUUCAAGUGCACGUGUUUAUAAUACGAGUGCCUGAUAUUGACUCCACGAUAAACAAUAAAGGAUAUUUGAUUUCUUUUCUCUUUUCACAAAUAUGAAGUGCUCUUUAAUCCCUUUUCUUGCUGACUCAUGCUUGGUUUUCUCAAAGCUGUGAUUUGAACAGUUUUUUUUCCUAAUUUCUUAUCCUAAACUUUGAGCUGGUAUGAGUCCAAAGUAUUGUAUGAAUUGUAUGGGCUGGUGUUUUCUUUGCAUAAUGAUUAAAAAAAAACCUUCAGAUUCA